AUGAGAAACCACACAAGAUUAACAACCUUCAUCCUACUGGGAUUGACCGAUGACCCACAACUUCAAGUCUUGACCACACCAAAUGUCACCGCCAUAGAAAAUAUUUUCCUGGCUUCUCCACGAGUCCAUUUCCCAUUGUCUGAUUGUGUGGGUGUGGACACAGAGGUUUUUAAAAGUCCACAGAAAAUGCUGAUGAAAAACUGCACGAUAACAACAUUCAUACUUCUGGGACUGACUGAUGAUGUGGAACUGCAAGCUUUGAUUUUUAUCUUUCUGUUUCUCACCUAUAUGCUGAGUAUAACUGGAAAUCUCAUCAUCAUCAUACUCACCGUCGUGGAUUCACACCUUAAAACACCCAUGUAUUUUUUCUUAAAAAAUUUCUCUGUCUUAGAAAUUUCAUUCACUACUGCUUGUAUUCCCAGAUAUUUGUAUAAUAUAGCAACAGGCGAUAAGAUAAUUACAUAUAAUGCUUGUAUCAUCCAAGUAUUUUUUACUGACCUCUUUGCAAUAACAGAGUUCUUUCUCCUGGCUGCCAUGUCUUAUGACCGCUAUGUGGCCAUCUGCAAACCCCUGCAUUAUGUGGCCAUCAUGAGCAGCAGAGUCUGCAGAAGGCUUGUUUUUUGCUGUUGGUUGUCAGGGCUUUUGCUCAUAACCCCCCCACUUAGUCUGGGAUUAAAACUGGAAUUUUGUGACUCAAACAUUAUCGAUCAUUUUCUUUGUGAUGCUUAUCCCCUUCUGAAGAUAUCAUGCUCAGACACGUGGUUUGUGGAGCAAACUGUUUUAAUCUGUGCAGUGGUGACCCUCAUCUUGACCCUUAUUUGUGUCAUUCUAUCUUAUACUUAUAUUAUCAACACAGUUUUAGGAUUUCCAUCUUCCCAGCAAAGGAAAAAGGCCUUUUCCACCUGCUCUUCUCACAUGAUUGUGGUUUCCAUCACAUAUGGCACAUGCAUGUUUAUCUAUAUGAAUCCAACAGCAAAGGAAGAAGUGACUAUUAAUAAAGUAGUUUCACUACUCAUUUCUUCUAUUUCACCUGUGUUAAAUCCAUUUAUUUAUACCCUGAGAAAUAAGCAGGUGAAGAAAGCUUUCAACAACUCAAUCAAAAGAAUUGCAUUAUUCCUAAAUAAAUAA